CGUCUCGAGCUCCAGCUGUCGCACUGCUAAUGAAAUUUAGGCACUGCGAAGAAGUUUUACUCUCGGAUGAACUGCUUGUCUCACGUGCGUGCUUAUAGUUUGGCUUUAUUUAGAAAGGCUGGUAAUUUCAUAGAUACUACUUUAAACCAAUGCCAUGUUCCCUUAGGGAGAAGAAAUUUUCAAAAUGCCCGUGUUAACACUGCGGAUUUAGAGUGUCUGUCGGCAAGAUUUUGCACUCGGUGCUACUCUUCCCGGAGUAGUAACAGUAGCAGUAGUGGUAGGAAAAAACAUCUAGGACGAAAAAAGUCGACCCUGAGCAACUGCUGAUGGAAAACGAGAAAGAUGCAUUCUUUGUAGUGAGAAAGGGAGAUGUUGUUGGUGUUUUCAAGAGCUUUGCUGAAUGUCAGGCCCAAUUAGGAUCCUCAAUUUGUAAUCCUCCGGUCAGUGUUUACAAAGGCUCCUCCUUGACGAAGGAAACUGAGAAAUAUCUGUCUUCCUGUGGGUUUAAGAAUGCUCUCUACACUAUUAAAGCUGCAGAUGUGAAAGAAGAUCUUUUUGGAGCACUUAUCCCCUGCCCCUUUCAAGAACCAGCUUCUUCUAAUGUUGAAAUAUCUCACAAUGAUGCAACCAAAAAUAAACCACAGUCAGAGUAUGGGGGACUGGGAUCUCUUGAAUCACCAGUUGUAGCUGAUCCUGUUAGAAAGCAUGUCAAGUUGGAUCCGCAUGCUGAAGUUCAAACAGCAUCCUCUGGUUAUCUGUCUUGUAUUCUUGAGUUUGAUGGGGCAUCAAAAGGAAAUCCUGGACCAGCUGGUGCAGCAGCUGUGUUGAAAACUGAUACUGGAGCUGUGAUUUGCAAAUUACGCGAGGGUUUGGGCGUAGCAACCAAUAAUGCUGCUGAAUAUCGUGCAUUAAUUUUAGGGUUGAAACAUGCUCUUAAAAAAGGUUAUACAAACAUUCGUGUUCUUGGUGACUCAAAGCUCGUUUGUAUGCAGCUGCAGGGUUUAUGGAAAGUCAAACACGAGCACAUGUCUGAGUUACAUGAGCGGGCAAUAAAACUUAAAGAUAAAUUUCUUUCAUUUCAGAUCGAUCAUGUUUUAAGGGAACUAAAUGGAGAGGCUGAUGCUGAAGCCAACUUGGCUGUCAAACUUGCUGGUGCAAAUUAUUGUUCAUUUAAACCCCAGAAGACCAUAUGGUUAAUGGCUUUCAAACGCAGCUCUGAGAGGAACAGUGCGAAUACCCUUUUUGUUGUUGUUUGUGGUAAAGACAAUGUUAAUGGGGUAUCAAAUUCAAAUGGCAUACAUCUAAGGCCUUAUUCAACACAUUGUUGUGGGGAGGGAGUGAUUUCAUUUUGAGAACUCUGUUCAAGGUUUCGUUUCAUCCGAAAAAAUAACGAUUAGGUUGUAACUGGUGUAACUUGUUCAGGAUUGGUCCUGGUUUCAUAGAGUAUAGGGCACACCCUUUAAA